UAAUUCUCCAUGGCAGAAUAGGGCCCCAUGCAGUUUCUCAUGCUUGUCAUAAAAGCCAACUUAAAUGGGGAAUGAGAGACUUGGCUGUUUGAGUGUCAUGUUAUUGCUGACCUUUCUCCCAAUACUCAGACAUUUGUUUCGUUCUGAAAUAAGAUGUGCAGGAAUUGUUAUUUGUUUGUUUCACGCCACAGUCAGCAAUAUUCCAUCUAUAUGCCUCCAUGGUCUAGUGGAUAGAGUGUCUGCCCAGAAAGUGGAAGGUUGAUGGUUUGAUUCCUGGCCGCAUCAUACCAAAAGACAUUUAAAGACGGUUGUUUCCCUGCCUGGCAUUAAUAGGAUAAAAGAAGCCCUGGUCGGCUUGGAGUUGAUACAAUGUGUGUCCAAGUGGAGUAUUCAUGUUAGAACUGUGACAUAGUAUCUGAGUGGGCUAGCACUAUAAAGCCAGCUUUAGUAUGGACAAGUACCAGCAGCCACACUCAUGAAUGCAUGUCACUACAUAAGUGCCAUAAUUUUGAACAUGACAUUAAACCCUAUUUCACCUAUAUCAUACAAGUAGCCUGUAAAUAAUCUAGGCCAGACAAGCCAGUGUUGGAAAUUAUUAGCCAUAUCCCACUCCUUCAAUCAGUAUGGUUCAGAAAGGAUUGGCAGAAUUGUAUUCAGGUUUCAUAUCUGUUCGAUCAGUCAUGUGAGCCCAUAGACAUGAUCUUGCAUUGGUAUGGUCAAGGUCACUGAUAAUCACAACAGGAAAUACAACUUCUGAUAGGAUUAUCAUUUGAUACAUAUGCUGAGCCGAGACGUUGAAUUGUAAAGGUUAUUAAAUGCAUUUUUUAUAACCUAUAGGGAAUGUUGUAAACAUAAUGUGUAUGAUCAUUCUUUGCUUUGCUUAGAGUCGAGAUAAAUCUUUGUGUACCAGUUAUCCUACGAGUGAAAUUUGAUGACACUUUUGAGUAACCUCUGUAGGGUCACGAUCACUUAAAGGGCAUUCAUCCUCCUCUUACACAUUGCUACAAAUAAUUUGCACGUCAUAAGAUUUGAUUAUUUUGAUACAUCGUCAAUAAGCUUUAGCUUUUGUCUAAACAAAUAAUGAAAGAAGUGCCGCAACACUGUAGCUCACCUGGAUAUGUAGUCAACACUUCAAGAUUUCAGAGACAAAAUGCAUUUAGAGAAAAUUUAAGAACAUGGGCAACAUGGUCAAACUUUAAAUAUGAAAAAAACUUGCAACUAAACAUGUUACAUUUUCAACAAAAUAGCUGAUUAAUGGCCACAAAUAGGUUUUUCUAUAUAGCUAUUUGGGGGGACAGAUUGUAAAUCGCAUUCAAAUCUCUCAACAAAUUCAGGUGUCCUCACUAGUGGGGGGCAAGCAUGUGAAUGGUUUUUGAGGGAACUAUGUUUACAAUUGAUGCCAGACAUGCAGUCCAUGAUAUAAGCUCACUUAACUUUCUAUCAGGUGAGCUAAAAGCAAUCUUGCGAUCAUAAAACCUUCUCAAGUGAAAUGUUUGGUUCGCAAGAGGUAAUUGUUGUGAAAUAAGAGGUGUUUUCUGGAACUUACACUGAACAAGCUCGCAUAAUCCAGACUACUAACAUGACUGGUCCCUGAGAGGAUUGUCCAGGGAUUAUCCAGGUACAUGUAUGGUGUUGCACCCAGUGAUUUAUGUUGCUGGUGCCAGCUGGCCAGCUCUCAACAUUGCCACUCAGACUGUUUCUACCUACCUCCUGAUACUCAAUGUCACUUGCAGAGGUGCUGCCAUCUUGGAUUAUUCUGUUGCCAUUUGGUCAGACCUUUCAGAAUACCAACUACAAUGUGAUUUUAUUGUCUUGAGGAUAUACACAAGUGACAAGACAAUAUCAGCUGUGGAAUAAUUGUAGCAUUACUUCAACAUAGAAGUAUCUUUAACCAUUUGGAAUUAAUAUCCAAGGUGUACAUAUUUUUUUCUACUGAAAAUGUUAGACCACCAAAAUCCUUCCAGCUGAACCAGCUCUCCAUUGUAGAAGAUGUCGGACACAUCCCCAGAGCAGCCCUUAGAUACUCUGUAUAGUCCAAGGACAAUCGGACAAAUACCCCGAAGAGGAGGAUAUGUGAACAGGUUCAAGUUCCAGAGGGAUAGACUAAAAGCACUGCAGACUUUUGAGGACAAAUUUCCAAAAAGCUACCCCAUCAAGAAAACUUUACCCAAGCUAGCUCACCUGCGACUGGAGAGAGAGGAUACCAACGUUUCCUCCAUCAGCUCCAAGUCUAUAGAGACCAUAAAACUGCCUUCUGUCAGUGCCAACCCCAAGAGAUCACUCUAUACCAAGAAUGACCCUCCAGUGCGAACACUGCAUCUCAGGCUAUACCCUGACCAUUUCUCCAGGAUUGCCCACUCCCUUCCAAGUCUGCCAUCCAUCCCUGGGUCCCCAGGACCAAUCCAGGCCAACACAUCCCCAAUAGAAGUGUCCCCUGACAAUGAAGCCUCACCUGAACCUCAGACCAAGCCAGUUGUUAUACCCAGCAAACACAGAUACGAGGUCAUUGCCUUUCAGAAGACCAUCCACACAGAAAAACAUGAGAAUGGUGGCACUGGACACCCUGGAAAAUUCCGAAAACACAAUUUAUACCAUCUUGAUGAAAGCCCCCAGAAAUCUGCCCGAGAGGAAGAUGGGAAGAAGCAGGAAGACAUUCCUCCCCUGGUUAUCAAAGCACCCAUUAAACACAAGCGACGACUGCGUAGGUCUGAUCAUGUUAGUGAUGCCAAAAGUGAUGGAGCCUUAGCACACAGGAAGUGGAAAGAGAAUUGUGGGUGUUUGCGUUGUCAGAUGAUCAAGCGACACUGGAGUGAAGGUGAUUCUCAGUACAAGAUUUGGGGAGAGUAUCCCUGUCACCAUGUUGACCCCAAGGCUGUUGCUGAUGAAGAUGACUAGGCAGACAUAUUUUCUAAAAAAUAUAAAAACAUUUUCUCUGCCAGACAUUAAUUUUUUUCUGUUUGAAAAAGUGUGCUUCCCUGGUUCACAAUUUAUAAAAGCGGCAAAAUAAGGCUUUUCACAAGAGACUUUUUUUCAUUAAAGCCUAUGAAUGGCCUCAGGGCAAACAGUUUCUUUCCCUCAUGUAAAUAGUGUAUAGACUGUUCACAUUCCAGCUGUUUGUUGAAGCAGUAUUGUCAGUGUGGAUAUUUUUGUUAUCAUACAGAUUAAUCCUUUUAUAUUCUUUCGUGAUUAAGUUUAUAAUAAUGUCAACUCAACAACUUUUCUUGAAACUGUUUUCAUGUUAACUUAUAAGUCCAAGUUAUAAUCAAAGAUGUUUUCAAGAAAAGUUUGUAAAAUGGGUAUCACUUAUGGGUAACAAAUGAAAACAACUCAUUUUGUUUCAGUCAUGACAGAUUAUGUCCUUGUGAUGACAGGCAUUGCAAGAGCAUAACUAGCCGUUUAUGACCAUUGACCUAAAUGUUCAAGUUUCGCUCGAGAUUUUCCAACUUUAAAAACAUUUUCUUUUCAGUUGGAAUUUCCUUCGAAAGAUGUUGACAUUGUGAUGAUGUAAUAAUGAUAAUGUGUCAUUGGGUAUACAUGAACCAACUUACUACCAAAGGUUCACGGAAGAAUUACAGUUGCCUCCCAUAUAUUUCGUAACGUAGGGACACUUUUGUUCUCUGUUUCAUAGGAGGGAAUGUUUCUCAAAGGUGAAGGUAAGAACAGGAUAUAUUAUCUUCAUUUCCAAUUGUCCGUGCCAGGAGCAAAUAUAUCAUUGACUUUGGUUGUUUUAUUUCGU